AUCGACUGGAGCCUUUUGGACGGGAUCUCAGCGACACCUCAUAACAUGAGCCUGGAGAGUCAACACUGCCAGCGGGAGACUUCCUGCAAAUACUCACCUCUUCAUCAAAGUUGCAACAAUGCUCCAUCCGGCGGCGCACCGCUCAAAUACCAUUGGGCGCCUUCUUCUCACCAUUCUCUCACUAUCAAGCGUCGCUUUGGUCGUCAUCAUCUGGCAAAUAGCUGACGUGCGGGAUUUAGGAAGAAGUGCGACAGAACGACUGCGAAGUACCGGUUUCCGGUGGAUUUGGAGCAAUGCUGUUGAGCAGAUAGGGGAUGCGAGAAUCCCGCUCUGUUUGGUGGCUACGUGGGGUGGAGGUGAUUUACCAGAGUAUAGUCAGCUAUUUUUGGAUUCGGUGGUACGAAAUCAACCCUAUGCGCAUUUAUCACUAUUCUACCAUAAUGCGUCUGCCGCUCCCAUGCGGCCGCUCCUCCACUCCCACCAAAACAUUGAAUUCAUUGAUAUUUCUACCAUCAAUAAGAAAUACGGGGAGCAAGGAUGGCCGGGUUUUGCUGCCGAUGCAUUAUGUCGCAUUUAUGAGGCAGAACCUGUCCCACCUGGGGACGAUGCGUUUUUCAAUAGCAGCAGUUGGACGCGGGAGUCGGCGCGCCCUUUGAAUUGUCAGCAGCUACUGCAGGGUUUUGAACCGCAUGGUCCUGGAGUCAUGAUGCAGCUAAGAGGAGCAUACGGGCAGAUGUUUCAAGAAUGGAUUGCACCAACCCGGUGCAAAGCAUGGGCUUACACAGACCUGGACACAGUGCUGGGUGAUCUCUCGCAUUUUCUCGCCUCCCAAACCACCUCUCUACCAUGGCAGACCGAUGUGUUCACGUUUUCUGCAGGAGAUUUAUGGAGGCAUUACGUCCAUGGACAAUUUACUGCGCAUGUUCAAAACCUGGACGCACCUUCUCGAGCGUUUGCUGUCAAUCGACUAUGGCGUCGAUGCCCUCUCUUCCGCACGAUGGAAGACAUGGAUCGCGAGUUUCGACGACAAGGAUAUCGGGCCCUGGAUGAAGGAUGCUAUGCUCAUGCUGUGUUGACUAUGCCAGGGAUACGGUCGUUGGUUCUGCCCUGGCAGUUUGCCAGCUGGGGCCAUAUGUAUAUGGGUUCGUCAAAUUCGAUGUUGGUGCUCGGGAAAGCAACGAUUGUGUGCACAUUCCAGAAUCAGGAGGAGUGUUGGAAGGGACCUCAAGGGUUUUAUUCCUUGGUCAGAGCACUGUGGGAGCGGGGCGUGGAAGAUGGACACAGGUUCGAUGAUACCCUGGCAAAGGACCAAGACAGCGCGGGUUUCCCCGAAACAGCCGACUUUACAAUGUCAUCGAUGCGAUCACACCAGAAACUUGCAAUCAAUGCAACUAUAGGACAAUGCGGAUUGUGGACCCCACCAGAAGAAACCCUUUGCUUGGGUCACUCGUGGGAGUCUCUCAAUAUCAGCAAUGAUAAACCAUCAAACUCAAUUCUUGCCGUUCAUAGCACGGGACCGAACGACGUUGAGCUAAGGUUAUACGAUCCGCCAAGCGUAAGCCCGAGCGUUCAGGCCGCUAUGGGUGGGAUGGGGAAGAAUGGGGGCAAUAUCAAGGCGCUAUUAAGGCCCGACUCGACGGGGGGACUCAUUGAGGUUGCACAGCUUCAUUUUCAGAGCUGGAAGGAAGAUUUGGCACGGCAGUGCCGGUCAUGGCAAGAUGUGUUUGGGAGUGACCUGGCUGUUCCAGAAGGUGCAAACACGAUGCUGGGAAUAGUCAUCACCAACACAAACCAGGAGAUCGGCGUCCUUCAAGACGACCUUCCAGCAUCUCAUACUUCCAGCAUACUAUCCGACAUGUUCCCUCGUAACUCUUCUUCAGCGGGGCCGGAUUCUGGGGCAAGCUUGUUUGUCAAAUUGGAGAGGAUAGGCAAGGGCUCCUUUGGCGAAGUUUUUAAAGGGUUAAAUCGGCAAACCGGCGAGCUUGUCGCAAUCAAAGUCCUCGACCUCGAUACAGAAGACGAUGAAAUAAUCGAUGUACAGAAAGAAAUUACCAUGCUCUCUCACUGUGAUUCAGAAUACAUUACACGGUACCAUGGAUCGUAUUUGAAUGAAACGAAACUGUGGGUCAUUAUGGACUAUGCGGCGGGAGGGUCGAUAAGAGCAAUUUUGAGAUCCGGUCCAAUCGAUGAGAAGUAUAUUGCCGUCAUCGCUCGGGAAGUCCUGUAUGCACUGGUAUACCUGCACCAAUCUGCAGCAAUUAUCCAUCGGGAUAUUAAGGCCGCCAACAUUCUCCUCACGGACGAGGGCAAGGUCAAGUUGUGUGACUUUGGAGUGGCCGGUCAAAUUACCAUGUCAUGUCUACGACGCAAUUCAUUUGUCGGAACGCCUUACUGGAUGGCGCCGGAGAUCAUCAAACGGGCGCAAUAUGAUUUCAAGGCAGAUAUAUGGUCUUUGGGUAUAACAAUUAUCGAAUUGGCAACUGGGAAUCCACCAUUCGCCGAUCAGGAUCCGCGAAAGGCAAUUUUCUUGAUCCCAAGAACAAGACCGGCCAAGUUGGAGGGUAAAUUCUCUGCUGCGUUAAAAGAGUUUAUUGCACUCUGUUUGAAGGAAGAGCCUGAAGAGAGACCUUCUGCCGAAGAUCUCCUUCGCACAAAGUUCAUACGAGGUGCUCACAGGGGCACAGCGGUUCUGCAGGACCUGAUUGCGCGACAGGAGCAUUGGCGACGUGAGCAUCCUGGGGAUCAGGAGGAAGGAAACGCAUUGGAUCGGGACCGGGAUGGAGAGGCAAAUCUCGCAGACGAUGAUGAUGAAUGGAUCUUUGAAACCUACAAAUCCAGCCAAGUCUCUCUCAGAGUUGAGAACGGCAUGAAUACCAUUCGGCCAGCGUCGCUUUCCAGAUCUCAAAACGAAACUGAAAGCUUGGGAAGUGGGGUCGUCUCGUAUCACUCUUCAGAAAUCCAGUCCACAGAAGUCGUUCCAUCGACGUCCCAUGCCCCUACGUCUGGGCAAGUGCAAACGUCACCAUCACUUCCGUCAAUAUCAACAUCAGUCGAUCACCCCAAACUAGACGAAUCAACGCUUUCCCCAGUAUUCCCUAUUUCACCCACAUCCGUCCCCCCACCAUCCGUCACACAAACCACCACAGAUCAGCCACCAGCAAAGGGUGUUGCGGGAGGUCCUCGCGCGCCCUGGAAUGCGCAACCGGCUCUGAGAAGCUUUUCAUUACCCAGCGAGAUUUCCGGAAUGGUCACCAAAACCCGCGGAGAAGCGACUUCAGUCGUAUCCGCCAACACACAACACGCACUUGACGAACACCAGCCACCGCCCCUUCCGGCUUCUUCCACAGUAUCGGGCCACUCAGGAUCCAGCACACCGCCGUCCCUCGCGAAUUCUUCAGCAUCUUCCACACCCUCACGCGCCAGCGUAGGCCGCCAUACACCGUCUUCUUCAGUGGACGAAAAGCUCCUCCGAAGACAUAACACCAGCAGCGGCGCCAUCAGUAGAAGCAACAGCACCACAACACCGCCACCAUCAGCACCCUUGCCAUCCGGCAAUCUCACACGCCGACACGAACGAUCGGUCUCGUAUUCGGGUGUUCCGACCGCCAAACGUCCCGGGGCCAUUGCACAAUCCUAUAUCUCACCCGUAGGGGCAGCUUCACUCUCUGCUUCAUCUCCAUCACUGGGAAUGCUUUCCCCCCGAUCUCCUGCUAGAAAGUUUACCACAUCGGCGAUGGGGGCUGGCGGGUUCAGACGACAUAAGGGCAUUGUGGGAGUUGGAGCUGCAAGCCCGUGGUUUCGACAACGAAGUGCGAGUAUGGGUGCUAUGAUGGGUAAAGGGUUCCCGUUCCGCGACCCGUACGCCUACUUGGCUCGCCGAUCCUCCCGCGAUACCACGUCCUCCACGACCAGCCUCACGACGCCUUCAUCCCUCUUUUCACUCCGCCCUCUCGACCUACCACCUCUCAAAGACACUGAAUCCCUUACAAAUGAGUUUAUCAGUAGAAUUGGCGAUACAAUGCGGCUAUUAGAGGGUGUGGAAAAGGUGUUAAGCCUAUGGUAA